CAAUUUGAAAGAGUCAGAAAACGCCAAAAGGUAAAAACUGAGAUGAGUGAAAGGUAUUUUCACCCUAAAGGUGGAUCAGACAUUUAUUCUGGAAAGUGGUUUGGAAGUGACAAAGCAAUACAUGAGUGAAAUAGUGAAAGACGUACUUACAGCCGAGCCACUUCCAUCCAGUUCCAGCAGUUCCAAAAGUGCGCUAUGAGCUCUGAGUAAUUUUUCAUUCUAAGCUGCUAACAAAAUAUGAAAAUUACAUCAGAGCAGACGAAGCAGACGAUUUUGGUUCAGUUCCCAGUUCCUUCCAUUCCAGUGAUGUGUUCCAGCCAUUCCAGUAGUCGUAGUCUUAUGAUCAUAUCCAGUCAUAUAUGCCCAAAUCCGGCCCAAUAGCCCUUAGCCGAGGAGGAGCAGUCCAAUGGCAGCACUGGAGGAAAGAGCAACAGGUUCAAUGUGUCCAGAAGAUGGGCUUUCCUAAGGUUCUUCUGAGAGCACUACAGAAUGACGUUUGUUUCAGCGUAAGGGAUUCCCACAAGUACAAGAUGAACAACGGACACCGAGGAAAAGCCCUGAUUUUUGUUCACACAGAUUAUGAACCUGCCUUACAACUUAAAAGGCGGAGAGGGAGUAAAACUGAUGUGGGGCGGUUACAAAGAUGCUUUUCAAAUUUGGGCUUCAAAGUAAAGACUUAUAAUAAUUUAAACAUCAAUGUUCUUAAACAUGUAUUGCAUGAAACGAGUCAAGAAGAUCAUUCGAACCGUGACUGCCUGGCAGUUACUGUUCUAACUCAUGGAGAGGAGGGAAGGUUGUAUGCUCAGAACGGAAGCUACCCUCAAGAGCUACUGUGGUCACCUUUCACUGCAGACAGAUGUCCCACACUCGUUGGAAAGCCUAAAUUAUUCUUUAUUCAAGCCUGUCGAGGUCCCUUUAUGGAUAGUGGAGUUCAAAUGCCUGUAGAGAAAAGCAAAGUCUUUCGAGAAGCAAAUGAUAAUGUUGACUUGGGAGAUGAGCCUAGUCUGUUUGAAGUGGAAACUGAUUUUCUGGUUGCUUUUGCAACAGUUUAUGGUUAUGUUUCAUGGAAGAGAGAGGGAAAGAUAUCUUGGUUCAUAGAGAUACUAUGUGAAGAGCUGAGUGAGGAAAGGUCGGACCACCUCCUAACUAUACUGACUGACGUCCAACGCCGAGUUGCUGAUUUUUCAACAACAAAUCCAGACGAUGAGGAGUUACGUGAUAAAAAACAAAUUCCUUGUGUCACUCACAGACUGAAAAAACUGUUGUAUUUUAAUGAUAGUAAUUAUAAUAAUAGCAACUAAUGUCUCUUUUGAA